AAAACUGCUAUCUGCAUUCAGUCGAGCAGCUUCAGGCAGUGGUUUGGACUCUCCUGCUUCUCACCACCCUUCAGAUAGAAACUAUGGCACUGGCCUGUAUUGCUCUUCUUCUUGGCUUGGCCCAUCUCCUCAACGCUAAACCUCUGGACUGUGAACCUCUUGUUCCAGAAACUCUUGAUGAUGCUACAGUUUCCAAGGCGCUGGGGAAAUGGUUCUACAUUGUUGGGGCUUCACACUACAAACCUCACCAGAGGGAAAUGGAACUGCUGAAGAAUGCCUAUUUUUUCUUUUACCCGGGCAAACAUGAGGAUGAGCUCCAAGUAAUACAAGUCAUGAGAUUUAAUGAGAGUUGCAUUGUGGACAAGAAAAGCUAUAUCACAAUUGACAGAAGCAAUUCUACUAUGACAAUUCAAGGGCCUUAUGGAAACGACACAGCGCAACUCCUCAAGAGCAGCUUUGACGACACUCUGAUAAUGUACCACGUUCAACAGGUUGAAAAAGGGAUAUCAUUCUCAGCUCGGUCCCAAAAUGUGAGCAAAGAACACCUGGAAGAAUUCAAAGCUCAAGCGGCUUGCCUUGGAUUUACCGAAGACGACAUGUACUAUACGACAGCAGAGGCCAUAUGUCCCCUGGAAGAUGAUGAUGGUGACAAGCACCCCAGCAAAGUGGAGCCAACAGUGGAGCCAACAGCAGAGUAACCCACAUUUCAUAGCUACGGUGCACUCCCACAAUGGAUGUCAGCACCAAAUCUUUUUUCCCCGCUAGUUUCACCACUAAAGCUCACCCCUCCUCUCAAAUCUCUUCACGUGGUCCCUUGGGCACCAUUUCCCAACGCUGAUGUUUGCUUUGCACUGGACCUUUAAACUUCAAAGCAGGUUCUGCACUGCCAGCCACAUCCAGCAGCUGCUUUCUUCUCACACUUCGUGCAGAUUCUUACAUGAGAAGCGCACGUGCUCCGCUCCUUCCUCAAGAAUUAUGCUUUUGUUCUUCUUGCCUUGCUCUAAAAUAAAGGUCAA